AUGGAAACCAGCAUUUCUGAGCUAGUUGAGAGACUAGGAAGUGACGAAGAUGCGGUGCGCAAAAUGGCAGUUUUCAAACUUCAGGGGAGCAUUGGGGAUCCCUCCUUUGCCGAUAAUUUCAUCGCAGAAGGUGGACUCACUAGGUUACGCUACUUGACUCUACAUGCGAGUGGUAACACCUUGGCAUAUAGCCUCACAAGCUUCGCCAGAAUCCUAGAAGUUGACAAAGGCUGGGAUCUAGUAGAUCAAGAUAUGGUUGAAAGAGUUGUUGAACUUAUAGUGACACACCCAUUGGUCAACAUCCUAAGGGGUGCAAUGUCUAUAUUAGUAUCCAUAGUGUCACAUCCUUACUCGGGUAAUCACUUAUCACAAGAUGGAAAUUUUGGGUUUCGUGCAUUGAAGCCCGCAAUUGCCAUUUACCCGCAGUUUUUGGAAAUGCUUGUCAAUAGACUUUCGUCUGCAGACCAUGCCCUCUGUGCAAAUGCACUUCAGUUGAUCAAUUCGCUCAUGCGCGACUCUAUCACGAACGACGCAGAUACGGAAUGGCCAAAGUUUAUUCAGAAGCUACAAGAUCUCGGUGUGAUUAGAGCAGUCUACUCCCUCAUGCAAGGUAGUGCCCUGCAGGAUCACGUGCACCCAUUGAUCGAAUUCCAGUCUCUUACCAAAGUUCUUCUGAGGAAAUGGAGAGAGAUAUAUCUGGAUCUGGAGAGACCGGAGCACAGGAGAGCCUUGAAAGGGAUCUAUUUGGCUAGCUCACAUGAGCGGGGUCAAGAGAAGGGAGUCGAGAAUGGUGAUGAGAUGCGACAGUCUAAGAAACAUAGUUCUGAGAAAUGGAGACGUCUUGGUUUCGAGACGGAAAGUCCUUCGACGCAGUUUGAGGAUACCGGGUUCUUGGGAAUGAUGGAUUUGGCAGACUAUGUCAGAAACCAUCAAGAUGAGUUCCAAAAAAUGCUCCUGGAGCAGUCCACGAAGCCUCCUCAGCAGCGAUGUCCCAUUGCUCGUGCCUCACUGUCUGUCACCUCGAUAUUGUACCAGCAUUUUGAGGUGGACAAAUCGGAGAUGGAUGAUUCCAAGGGCUAUCUUCUACUAGAGUCUCGCUCUAACCUUGAUAAGGUUUUUGAGCCUCUGCUGUUGCAUUGGACCAGAUUGCAUGUAGCGGGGUUACAUGCUUUCUUUCGUCUGUGGAAGGCUACCGGAGCGGAAGUCGAAGACUACGGAAAGAUCGUUGAGCUGAUCCGGAUCUUAAUCGAGUCUGUCGUUGGUGGGGCUCCUAGGACAAAGGAUGUGCAAGAAGUGGAAGAAGAACUAGCGAACUUUGAGUAUGGUCGGCUCCGCGAACUGCAAAUGGAGUUGUUGGAGCUCGCGUAUGAAGAUGCCUGGGGCCAACACCUGCAGCAGAUGCGCGAAGAAUUGUAUCACGAAGCACUUCAAUUCGUUAAAGAACAGAGAAUCCGCUGCCUGUUGCACGGUGCAUGGUUCCUCAACGAGGGCCCUAUUAGUUCAGAUGCGGGAACCGAGCAACACUCAUGGAAAUACGCACAACUUUCGCACAACAGGAGAUUCUUACACUUUGGUGAUUUUAAUGCCAUUCUUGAGAGGCGCCCGGAGCUCGAUACUUUACCCGAGAAGAUCGACCUUUCAUUGGUAUCUUCAGUGGUCUCCAAUGUCUCUGCUUCCUCCAAAGAUCAGUCGACGGCGCCUGCAAAGGACAUGCCCCAUGCUGUGUCUUAUACUAAGAUCACCGUGCACGGAUACUCGCAGCCUGUACACGAGACUGGAGAUAUCCACAAAAGUAAUGGCCAUCGCCGAACCUCGAGCAGAUCAGCGCAAGGUGAAUCUGCGCUGUUGAGUUUCUGUCCGCAAUCCACUAGUGUCGCAUCCGAAUGGCUUGAUGGGUUGCUUAUGCUUCUCAACCAGCAGCCUAUAACCGCGGAGACAAACAAACUUAUAAGCUUGGUUAGUGAUUACGGUCUCAAAAUUCGUUUGUUGAAUGUUCGCUUCGACGAUGUAGCCUUCGCGGGUGAAACACCCCAAGUUCCCACGCGAGAUGGCCUUGAUGACAAUUACUACUAUGACGUCUUUGGUGGCUCAUAA